UGGAACGCAGAUGGAACUCAGGCGGAAGCAAGAGGGGUUCUUUGGAACGCCAAGGCGCGAACGUUUGCUGGCGCCCAGGUAGCCCCUCCCUCUCCCCUGCUGUUUCCCCUACACUUCGGCCCCGCCUCAUUAGGCGCGGGGGGGGGGGGAAGGAAGAGAGAUGGAGGGGGCCGUGGACGGCGUGAUGCUGGGAAGAGGAAGCGGGGCAACGCUGCCAGGCGGCGACGGCGGCGCCUCGCGGGGUCACGAACUCUGACCUUUCGCGAGAAAAAAAGGCGCCCCCCCCCCCGUUCUGACCCCACCAGAAACAAACAAUAACAGACGGCCGCUCCGCCCCCUCGCGGGACACGUUUAACCCCUUCCUCGCCGCCGGGGGAGGGGGGCCAAUUCAGGCCGCCGCCGGGGGGGUCUGGCGCCAAAUCCCGAGGUUCUCUAAUGAUUGCCCUUCACCAUGACAACCAGUAUGGACGUUCUGGCUCAGCAGAUAGUGGAAACACAGCAGGUGGCUGAGGUGCAAACUGUACGGACAACAUUAUCUGAAUCUCCAGUGAUGACCAGCCCCUCACAACGUAUCCAGAUCAUCUCCACAGACUCCUCUGUAGCUUCACCACAGCGUAUUCAGAUUGUCACCGAUCAGCAAACAGGGCAGAAAAUCCAAAUAGUUACGGCAGUGGACUCCUCCGUGUCCCCAAAACAACAGUUUAUAUUGGCUAGUCCAGAUGGAACAGGAACCGGGAAAGUGAUCUUGGCUGCACCUGAGGCCUCUAACGCCAAGCAACUUAUUUUUACCACAACGGAUAACAUCGUACCCGGAAGAAUACAGAUUGUGACAGACUCUGCCUCUGUGGAACGUUUGUUAGCUAAAACUGAUGUUCAGCGACCACAAGUAGUAGAAUAUUGUGUUGUCUGUGGAGACAAAGCAUCAGGUCGUCACUAUGGUGCUGUCAGUUGCGAGGGAUGCAAAGGCUUCUUUAAAAGGAGCGUAAGGAAAAAUCUAACCUACAGUUGCCGUAGCAACCAGGAUUGUAUCAUCAAUAAACACCAUCGGAAUCGUUGCCAGUUUUGUCGGCUAAAAAAGUGUCUUGAAAUGGGAAUGAAAAUGGAAUCUGUACAGAGCGAAAGGAAGCCUUUCGAUGUGCAGAGGGAGAAGCCAACCAAUUGUGCUGCUUCAACAGAAAAAAUCUAUAUCAGAAAGGAUCUGAGAAGUCCUCUAAUAGCAACUCCGACCUUUGUAGCUGAUAAAGAUGGAGCCAGAUCAACUGGUCUUCUUGAUUCAGGGAUGCUGGUAAAUAUUCAGCAGCCGCUAAUACGUGAUGAUGGCACAGUGCUCUUGGCUACAGAUUCCAAGGCCGAGACAAGCCAGGGUGCAUUGGGAACCCUAGCAAACGUUGUAACGUCACUUGCCAGUCUCAAUGAGUCGCUCAAUAAUGGUGACACUCCUGAAGUCCAGCAAGAAGACCAGUCUGCAAGUGAGAUAACUCGAGCAUUUGAUACUUUGGCUAAAGCACUUAAUACGACAGAUACUGCUGUAGCUCAGAAUCUAGCAGAUGGGAUGGAUCCCACAGGCGGUGGGAAUAUUCAUGUGAUCAGCAGAGAUCAGUCUACGCCAAUCAUUGAAGUUGAAGGACCCCUCCUUACAGAUACUCACGUGACAUUUAAGUUGACAAUGCCUACUCCAAUGCCAGAAUACCUGAAUGUGCAUUACAUUUGCGAGUCAGCAUCCCGAUUACUUUUCCUAUCCAUGCACUGGGCUAGAUCCAUCCCUGCUUUUCAAGCACUAGGGCAGGAUUGUAACACAAGCCUGGUGCGUGCCUGUUGGAAUGAGUUGUUCACUUUAGGCCUGGCACAGUGUGCACAAGUGAUGAGCUUGUCAACUAUAUUGGCUGCCAUUGUCAACCACCUGCAGAACAGCAUACAGGAAGAUAAACUUUCUGGAGACCGAAUAAAGCAAGUGAUGGAACACAUCUGGAAACUUCAGGAGUUCUGUAACAGCAUGGCUAAGCUUGAUAUCGAUGGAUAUGAAUAUGCUUACCUUAAAGCUAUAGUCCUCUUUAGUCCUGAUCACCCUGGUCUAACAAGCUGUAGUCAGAUAGAAAAAUUUCAAGAAAAGGCUCAGAUGGAAUUACAAGACUAUGUUCAAAAAACCUAUCCAGAAGAUACUUACAGGCUAGCCCGCAUUUUAGUUCGCCUCCCAGCACUUAGACUAAUGAGCUCUAGCAUUACCGAAGAACUCUUUUUUACUGGUCUCAUUGGAAAUGUUCCAAUCGAUAGCAUCAUCCCCUACAUUCUGAAAAUGGAAACGGCGGAAUAUAACGGCCAGAUCACAGGCUCGGCUUCCUAGAAGGGAUCAGCACAUCUCAAUGGAUCCGAAUAAUCAUGACUCACUGGUUAACUUUGCAAAAUAUGUAUACAUAUUUUCGAUACGUUGUAUUUCCCUGCUAGUUAUUCUUGUCUAUUCAAAGGCAAGGCGGAAAAAAAAAUCUUUGGCAUAAACCUGCUAGGACCAUUUAUGGCGUAAGGAAUGUUAUAAUUCCUUUUGAUGAAAAGGCUAUCGUGAAUUGCUGAAAAGGCUCGCAAAGACGCUUUUUUAUGUAAAUCUUGUCAGUGAGCAAAAAAAAAAUAAUGUCAGAAAACUAACUGAAAAUUGCUGAACUGAAAAUGUUCCUUUUGAGCCAGUGACAGAGUUCCACUUGUACAGCCGUCGCUGCUGUCUCCCUUCCUAUUGCAGUCCUUUAGACCUCCAGGAAAGCUGCUCUGAAGCAUGGGAGGGUACUUUAGAGUGGCAUGCAGUGCAGACUCUAUAGAAGGGGAUGGACAACAACCCACCCCCACCCCCAAGCAGCAGUGCCUCCUGCUUGGGCUGCAGGUUCUUUGGAUCCAAGCCAAUGUGCAUGUAUUUUUUUUUAAAUCCCUCGGAAUGAGCAUCUGAAAUUUGCCAGGAUAUAGUGAUAUUAGCACUUUGAAAGCAGAUCUUGUUAAAAAUGAUGACAUCGUGUAAGUGAAAAAUAGCAUUUUAACUGCAGACAUGUGAGUAAUUUCUAGGAAAACUUGAUAAGCUGUGGGAGACAAUCAUUUAUGUUAUGAAUUUCAAUUGUAGGUAUUUAUUAGGAAUGUGAUUCUUUCAAGCAGAUUCCUAUACUAUUAGAAAUUACAUUCGACUAAAUUAAUGACAAUGUUUACAGCAUAAGUAGAACAUAAUGUUUAUGACUCAGCUGUCAGCAGAAUAAAUGCUGUAGAAUUUAUUCACAGCAUACUAAUUCCUUACCUUGGUAAUGAAGAAUCAUGGAGAUUUUCAGGGGUUCAGUACCAGCCUGUUACUGUUUUACUUGUCAGUGCUGUACUAUGACAUGUCUUUUUAUUAUCGAGUACAUCAGUCAUGAAGUUGCAGGGGUGCUAUCAGUUUCAGUUAUCACCACUGGCUCUUCAGCACCUCUUUGUACAAUUAAAAUUCCAGGUUUAUUCCUCUGUCUGAGGCUUAGAAAAGUACAUGAGGUGUGGGUCGACUUGGGGAAAAUGACUUGGGCAUGAUCUAGCAUCCAGUGUGAAGCUCAAUCAUCUUCUCUAACGGAGCUGAAAUUCUUCCAAAAUCAUUUCCCCCUCCUCUGUUGCCACCCAAAGCGUCAAACUGAAUUGUUAAAAAAUCACUUCGCCCACGGCAGUGAUCGUCUCAGCAUUACCAUGAUUACUUCAGAAGGCCUUUUUUGUUUCUUUGCCUUUAAAACGCAUACAGUUGUGGCAACCCCCCUUCCCUUCUUUGGUGAGUUUUCACUUAUGGUCUACGCAAGAUUUUAUCUAUCUGUCUAGAAAAUAUACCAUGUAUGAAGGGGACCAACUACAACCAUAAUAUAAGCUAAGGACAAUCUGUUUGGAGUUGGGGUACUAAGAGAUAUCCAUUGCACCUUUUAUUGCCUCACCUGUCAAAAGACAUUCUACAUGUUUCAGUAGGUCCAGUAGGCUUUUAAUUUUAAUAUAAUGCUUUUCUAUUAUGUCUUUCAAAUCCAAGUUGCAGAAUUCAUUUUGCUCACACAGCAAUGACUUAUUUCUGGGAUUGUUGAUGAUUUGAAAACAUUCCAAAUAGGGUAAUUGUUUCUCCUUUUUUAAAUUAACAGUAAUAGGUGUGGCCAGGAAGGCUUUUUGAAAUAUUGGUGAGCAAAUAUCUUUACUCCCAUUGUAAAUUUUGACUGACGGGUUAGACAAUGUAACAUUAAAUGAUAACUGAAUCACAGACAGUCCAAUCCCGAUGGUCAGGGAGCUCUGUGGCAGCUGGGGACAGUGCAGUGAAGGCAGCACCAUGCCACCUCCAAAGGGGUUUUGAUCGGCAGGGAAAGGAGGCAAAAGCAAGAACCUGUCUGCAGCUGCAGAAGGGGGCAUUCCCCAGUGGGAACAGCAGUGGAAACCAACUAAAAUCAGCUAUACCUCUAGGAACACCUUUGGCUCGCCUCUCCCCCCCCCCCACCCCCCACCCCCCGACCGCAGGUGGCGUGCUCUGACACAGGCAUAACUCCUGAUUGGCAGCCACUUCUGAUUGGGCGCUGUGGAGCUGUGUGGCACCUGCACACCAGGAUCCUUUCUCUCUCCGCCAGCAUAAAUGUUGCUUACUUUGGCAGGGUGCAUUGGUGCAGGCCUCCGCCACUCUCACAAGCCAUUUGCUCCCUACCCUCUAUGUCCUAAGUAUAAUUCUAGCAUCUAAGUAUAUCCAAGCCUGGAACGUUUCCCAUCUUUAUAAUGUUGAAAUGACAGUUUGGUUCACUAUACUCUUGUUUCACAUGAAGAUGAUAGGUUGAAUAUAGUCCUGAAUGAACAUGAGAAUUAUCAUUCAUUUUUAUGCACCACCUUUGUCAAACCCAUUAUUUUGUGCAUUAUUGAACAUGGUACUUUGAUACAAGAGCAUUCAUGCCAAAAUGUAUUUUUGCUUUCAUAUUUCCAGACGGAUGGGGGGAGCAGGGCUAGGUGGGCACUAAGACCCAGUCAGAGCAUUCUAAAACAAGGAAGGCCUGGCAUGUUUUGUUCUGGGGCAGAGGACUAUCAUCUUUAUGUGGAACAGAGUAUAAAUAUUGGCAGUGGAGAAAUAGCAAAAAGUGUUGUGCCUUUUCAUUCUUUGAUUUUAUAGUUUUGCUCCAACUGUAAUCCUAAAAUAAUUUGUGCACAUACAGUCAAUAGAAUCAAAGUUGAAGGCUAGGUCUUGAAAUGAUAAUAGAAAAUAAUUGGAUGUCCAAAGCUCAAUUAAAAUGUCCAAAGCUCAAUUAAGAUUAAAGAUCAGAAUACUGAAUAAUCCCGGUGUUUUGUAGCAAUGCUGGUAGUUCAGCCAGCUCUUCCAUGAUGAAACCCCUCUUUUGUUUUCCUCUCAGUUUUGUAAGUGGCCUUAAAAGUAGCCGCAGCCAAAAUUCUUAUCUUUAAAACUUCUCACAAAGAAGUAUAUGUACUUUUGUGCGAAAGGAAAUAUUCGAAGUAUAUAAAUGCUCUUUUUUAAAAGACAAUUUUAGUAAAAUCCUAAGAAUCUUUUCCUGGCACUGAAGUGUCCAGAGUAUGAUUCUGAGUAGAUUUGCUUAGAAUUGCUCUCCUAGUUGUAGUGAAAUCUACAAAAAUAAUUGGCACAUACUAGUUAUAUUGUGAUGGCUUUGUUUUCCAACAUUAGGCCGUGCUUCAUACACUACCUUGAGCUAAUGCAUUUGGUAGUAUUAAUACAAUUAAAUAUUUUAUAAAGACGUUAGUAUGUGCUGAUAAAGUAAAAUGUAGUAUUUUCAAUAGAUAACUGUACUAAGAUUAUAGCUGUCAUGAUUUUGGGAGCUGACGUAAUUCCAUGAAACGCUUAAGAGGACUCUUAUUCAAGUGAAGGUUCCUACUGAACUCUGUGCUCUACAGGGGUUACACUGCGUGAUUGUCAAACUAUUGAACUAAGUUCCAUUCUCUUGACUGGAGUGGAAUAAUUUAUUCCUGUUCGCUGGACUAAAAGAUUGAUGUUAACUUUUUAACUUUUUUCCUUGCUGUGCCAUCACAGCUGACUUUGGUAACCCCUGGUAGGGUUUUCAAAGCAAGAGGAGUUCAGAGAUUGCCUGCCACUGCCCGCCUCUGCAGAAUGACCCUGGUAUUCCUUGGAGGCCUCCCAUGCAAAUACUUGCCAGGGUUGACCCUGAGAUCUGACAAGAUCAGACUCGCCUGGCUAUCAGUGGUUUUACGUAAUACCAUUUAAUAGCUGGUAUGAAGCCUUUCAGUCAUUUGAAGUUUUCCUGUGUAGCACUUUUUGUGGUUCACUGGUUAACCAGUUGUCAUCUACUUUAAUCUAAUCCCAUGAAUAAAAAUAUGUUCUAUAUCUGCAAAAGAAAAAGAUGGUCUUCCCACAGUUUAGGAGAUACACAAAGAUUUCUGCUUUCCACAUGUAUGUAUAUAAAAACUACUGGCCAAUUGAAAAAGACCAUCCUAUUGCAUUAUGCUCUCCUUGGCCAAUAUAUCUGGCCAAGGAGAGAAUAAUGCAAUAUGAUGCUCUUUUUCAAUUGGCCAGAGCUUGAUUGAUUUUUAUGAAAGGUAUCUGGCCAGUGCACUUCAAAGAAAGAGGCCCACCUCAUAGGGUGUUUGUUGUGAGGGGGGAAGGUCAAGGAGAUUGUGAGCCCCUUUGAGUCUCCUGCAGGAGAGAAAGGGGGGAUAUAAAUCCAAACUCUCUCUUCUUUAUGAGGAAGGCUGGAUUGAUCUGUGUGAUAUCCAGUGCCACUCAUUGGAAUCAGCUGGGGCACUUAUGUUCCUUUCAAUUCUCCAAAAUUAGAAUGUAGACUUUAGAAGAGAAAGGGAUACACAUAAGCACACUGGCAAAGAGAAAUGCAAAAAAAAAGAGCUUUAACCUUCCUCUCUGCUCAUUUGCCCACUGGGCUGUCUUGAGUCAGGGGGCUGCAAGCAUCAACUCAGUAAGCCUGGAAGAGCUUUGCUUUCUUUUGCCAACCCCCUCCCCCAUUCCAACGCAAGCAACUCUUUAACCCGAGGAGGAGGAUUUUAACAGUGACUUGCGAUUGUGGGGCUGUUAUUCAGGAAAAUGAAAGCAACAGACCAACUGUUUAUAAGAGUUCUGUGUUUAAAUGGGGCCCGGGGGGGGGAGGAAACGAUGCAGUUAAGAAACCACUCUGCAUUAAAAACCUGGUGUAGAAAAUCCCUCAGUCUGGGCUUUGUUUGUUGCUACACUGGACCACAGUCGUACAUUUUAUUGACUUCAAUGAAAUGUGAACAUCUGUAACUGAUCUAGCACUAUAGCCUUAGUAUCAUACAGAUUAAUGGCUGAACCUGUGGAAAACCAUUAUAUACCAUUUCCUGCAGUAUAAUUUGCUCUGAGGUUCCUUCCGCACAUGCAGAAUAAUGCACUUUCAAACUGCUUUCAGUGCUCUUUGAAGCUGUGCGGAGUAGCAAAAUCCACUUGCAAACAGUUGUGAAAGUGGUUUGAAAACGCAUUAUUCUGCGUGUGCGGAAGGGGCCAGAGUUACAAGAGAGCCUUGAAAGUGGCCAUUCAAAGGAAAAAAGUCAGAUAUUCGAUGCUCUUCAUCCAGGCUCUUGGGUGUGCCUAAACUAGCAUUUUUUAUCCUGACCAUAGUUACUUAGGUGUACAAUGAUUAUGUGCUUGUAUCUAAUUUUGUCCAGUGUAUUAUGUAUAGUGUAAUAUAAGGUGUGUAAGUAUGUAUAUAGAAAUAUGUACAGUCAGGUAAUCAUAUAUGCCAGAUUUCUACGUGUUAGCAAAAAAAAGUUUUUAAUGCAUUGCAAAUAUUGAGCUUCCUAAAUUUUCCUUCUUGCUCAAGAGCUCAGACCUGGUGUAACCAUGUGUCAAGUAAGCAUCUGUUUUUAAACCCAGGAAGAAUUUGCACUUUGGUUUAUAUAUUGAGAGAAGCUAUUUAAUAGUUCUGGAUAUUGUUUCUCAACACUAACAAGCUGGGUUGGAAGGAGUAGUGAUUGUGCCAUUUUAGGCGGAUUGCACCCACAGACCGUUGACAUUUCUCUGUGUUACUGACAUACACAAAAAUGGGCUUUUUAUUCUUCGGGGGGAAAGCUUUUAUUUUAUAUUAUUUUGGUACAGGCACCUUUUUUAGCAUGUGAAAUUUAACAACUCUGUUAAUGCUGCCUGUGUGUAUCCUGAAGUUUCUGAUUAGAAUGAAGAAGGCUUCCAUAGAAAAGCCGUGUCUAGUUUUAUAUGGUUUUAUCAAUUAUGUCUCACAAGUGAAUGCAAGAUGGAAUACAGUAAUUAGUGCCAUAAAUAGCAUAUGAUGCGCCCUGCCUAGAUAGGACAUUGUCGUAUUUGAACAGACUAGUAAUGUGACACACACACCAUUAGUAGCUAUAGGGAAUGUUUUUAUACUACCAUUGAAGGCUGGGGGAGCUAUUCCAAUAGAUUCAGGAGGGAAUUGUCUUGUGAAUCAUAGCCGGUAUUCUUUACUGUCAUAGCCUCCCUAAAUCUUAUUUAUAAGUGUUCUGGCUUGUCUGAGCUCCUCCCCCACUUUCCUACAGAAGGCCUUUUGAGUUCAUAUGUGAUCAUCAUUUGAACAAGCAAUGGCUAUAUGGAGUUGCAUCCAACAUAAUUGCAGAAUUUUUUUAGAGAGAAGUUUUAACUACCUUUGAAAGAGUAACAUAUUUGAUUAAAGGCUUCAUCUAAUUUAUAUAUAUCAACUUUUAAAAGUUUGGGCUUGAAGAAAUAAACAAUACUGCCAGUCAAGUAUAUAGAUAUGUAGUCCUGCAAUUGUGAAAUUGUGGUCAUGACUGCACAGUCCACAAAAAAUGCCAAAGAUGUGGGGUUCAAUCUUUGGGGAAGUCUUAUUCAAAUAACUGCAAAGGUUUAAGAGUCUUUCUCCCCUGCCUCCAUUUCCUGGCUACCUAAUUAACAAAUGUACAUAGCUUUUUUGUUUCAAGUGUUGACCUUACAGAGUGUUUGUCUCAACUUUUGAGUUUAAAAGUUCCCUUAUCUUGAAUGAGGCUCUCAUCCAUUUAGUGCUAUGACAAUCUUGCUUGCUGUUUUUAAAUGGAAAUUUUAUUGUUAAAAACUGUCCCAUUUUGGUCAUUAUUUAAAUGGUGUUUAUAGCCCAACCAGUUUCUAGGUUGAGAAAAAAUGGCAAAUGUAAAUGUUGAGAAAUACAUCUUGCUAUUAUUAGCACUCUUGUGAAGUAUUCUUUACUGAAAGUUUCUGAUUUUGAUUCAGUAAAUAAUUCUUAUAGAAAAACUAAUAUGGAAGAGAGGCUAAACUUUAUUUUCAGAGCUGGGGGUGGGGGUGGGGUGCAGGGAUAAAUGUAAAAGGAAAAAAUUGAUGUCUGUUAAAAGAAGUUGUUGAGCACUACACUGCCCAAAACUCACACACCAAACAGACUUUAAGUAAUCACUUGCUAACUCUAAAUCGGGGGUAUCAAACAUAUGGCCCAGGGGCCAAAUUCAACUCCUUGAGAGGGCUUAUCAGGCCCACAACUCAGCUUAGGUACACACACACACACACCCCGCACUUUCCAAUUUGACCUGGCUCGCGGACCUGAUAAGCCUUCUCAAGAUGAGGUAGCCACCCAGUGCCAAUCUGGGUUGGGGAGCCUGCUGGGGGCUCACCAGCUGAGGCAGCCACCACCCCUCCCCCCCUGCACCCAGCCCGACCUAAGUCACAUUUGUGUUAUAUCCAGCCCUCAUAACAAAUGAGUCCAACACCCCUGCUCUAAACCUAAUGUAUAGCCAUCGUUUCCAGUCAUUUUAUAACGGAAAACUGCACAUAUUUAUCCCUUGUAUCAUUGUUGUAUGUUUUUGGAAAAUCCUUCACACUUUGAGCUCUUCUUAAAACGAAUCUUUGCUCCAAAAGGAAUUGUCUGUGAUAAUUCCCAGGGGUAUAUCUUUUUUAACAUUGUGCUUUUCAUUGUCUCUUAAAAUGUUGCCUGUGUACUUUUUUUUUUUCAUUUCAGGUUGAAAACCUGACAAAUGCUGUUGUUUCCUUGCCAUUUCUUUGUAAAUGUGAUAGCAUUUAAAAUAGCAUGAUCUUUUUUAAAAUCUGAAUUUUUAUAUCUAAUCGACGUCUUCGGUUAUGGAGAGAAAUUUGCAUUGUUGUGUGUGUAUAUAGAGUAUUGCAGUGCAUGCUUAUGCAUUUUAUUAAAUGCUGUCUAAAUGUGGCAUUGUUGUGGCUUAAUAUUGCUACCUAAAGGAGGUUUAUACAAUUAAAGUAAAUAAAAUACA